AUGAAGCGCGCAUUCCCCGCGAAACUGACAUGUGCCAAGAGCUAUCGCGGCUGUAUCCCCAAAGCCGUGUACAGCCGCACCGAGGCAGCGCGGAUACAUCCAGCCACAAACAAUCGACUUUUGGUUCCUAGUUUUCCACAGUCGAGGCCGUCUGCUGCUUCUUUAAUCUACUUUCUUGACCGUGAAAAGAGAAUGCGUGCCCUCAGAAAGUCAACGAAUCUAUCCCGCCGUCUGCUUGCUGGCACUGGCGUACGGUACAACUCUACAGUCACGCCUCCUGCCAAAGCGCUUACUUCAGUACUCAUAGCUAACCGUGGAGAAAUUGCACUACGAGUCGGGCGAACAGCAUCAGAGUAUGGCAUCAAGACGACAACACUAUACACAGACCCAGAUGCACACUCACAGCACGCUCUGAGUUCGCCCUACGCUGUGAAUCUCGGGGAUCCAUCUGCAUAUCUUGAUGGAGACAGAAUCAUCCAGAUCGCCAAAGAGCACGGCUGCCAAGGCAUACACCCAGGAUAUGGUUUCCUGAGCGAGAAUCCAAACUUUGCAAGAAAGUGUACAGAUGCUGGUAUAACCUUUAUUGGUCCACCAUGGCAGGCCAUAGAGUCCAUGGGCAGCAAGAGUGAAUCCAAAGACAUCAUGACCAAAGCUGGCGUACCUUGUAUCCCUGGUUACCAUGGUUCAAAUCAAGAUCCUGAUCACCUCAAGGCUGAGGCUUUGAAGAUCGGCUAUCCAGUCCUCCUUAAGGCCGUCAAAGGCGGAGGAGGAAAGGGUAUGCGCAUUGUCCAGAACGAAGCUGAAUUCUUCGAUCAACUCGCCUCUGCCAAGUCUGAAGCUCGCAACUCUUUUGGCGACGAAGUCAUGCUGGUGGAGAAGUACAUCACAACCCCCAGGCAUAUUGAAGUCCAAGUCUUCGCCGACAAGCAUGGAAACUGCGUUGCCUUGGGCGAACGUGACUGCAGUAUUCAACGACGUCAUCAAAAAAUCCUCGAAGAAUCGCCCGCACCUCACCUCAAAGAAGACAUUCGUCAGGACAUCUGGGAAAAGGCCCGUCAAGCGGCACUGGCUGUCGGCUACGAGGGCGCUGGCACUGUCGAGUUCAUCUUUGACAAUGAAACUGGCCAGUUCUUUUUCAUGGAGAUGAACACGCGGUUGCAAGUCGAGCACCCCGUUACCGAAAUGGUAACCGGAACGGAUCUCGUACACUGGCAACUCAUCGUCGCGGAAGGCGGAAAACUGCCUCUGACGCAAGCUCAAAUCGAACAGCGUAUAUCAGAGCGUGGCCACGCAAUCGAAGCUCGAAUCUACGCCGAAAACCCAGACAUGAACUUCAUUCCAGAUUCCGGACCGCUUCUUCACCUCCGCACACCUAAGCCUUCAGAGUCUGUCAGGAUUGACUCUGGUUUCAUAGCUGGAGAUGAGGUAUCCUCACACUAUGACCCCAUGAUCAGCAAACUCAUUGUGCAAGGUCCCACGCGCGAAGCCGCCAUCCAGAAGCUCCGCGCCGCACUCGAGGAAUACGAAGUCGCAGGGCCAAUCACAAACAUCGAGUUCAUCAAGCGCAUGUGCGUGAGCCCCGAUUUCAUCGCCGGAGACGUCGAGACAGGCUACAUUGGGAAACACCACGCCGAACUUUUUACGCCCACCCCACCAGCACCCGAAGUCUACGCACAAGCCGCGCUGGGCCUCGCGCUGCAGGAAAUUGCAUCUUCAGCCAAAGGAAUGGGUAUGGGUGGCCCGCCCAUUACCGCUAUAGGCUUUGGUCACAGUACCGGCUUCCAACAUCGCGAAUACAAUCUCGUAUCCAUGCCCGCCGACGGCAAGGGCGAUCCUACAACCACUAAAGUAACAUUACGACAAACCGCACCUGCCAAGUUCGAUAUCCGAGUGGGAGAGGAUGUAAGUUACAACAAUGUGACGUCCACGUUUUCCCCCUCCACCAACACCGUGACCUCGUUCUACCCACACACCCGACUUUCCAGUACUUUCAUCCUCUCGCCUUCUGCUCCUUCAUCGCCCCCAUCAAACAGCAUAACGCUAUUCCAAACUGGAACACAGCACCGUCUCACGCUCGCUCUGCCGGCCUGGACAACAAGAGCGCUUGGUGUCAAGGACGUGACGAAUUCGGUGCUCGCGCCGAUGCCAUGUAAAGUGCUGCGAGUAGAGGUCAAAGAGGGCGACAGUGUAAAGAAAGAUCAGCCACUCGUCGUAAUUGAGAGUAUGAAGAUGGAGACUGUGAUUAGGAGCCCGAUGGAUGGCGUUGUGAAAAGGGUCGUUCAUGGACAGGGUGAUUUGUGCAAGGCUGGCACGGAGUUGGUGGAAUUCGAGGGUGCUGAAGAAUGGAAUGACGGGAAAGCGUAG